CCUGCCUCCAAAACCCUAGUUUCCAAGCUUUAUUCAGAAAUGGCUUUCUGCAAAAGUCUCGGUGGUCUAUUGAGACAAGGGAACAUUUCUCAGACCAGAAAUGUUCCGGUUACGUCUAUGCUCGGUUCUCUCCGGUACAUGUCUACCAAGCUUUUUGUCGGAGGUCUCUCAUGGGGAACUGAUGAUACAUCAUUGAGAGAUGCCUUUUCUAACUUCGGUGAAGUGAUUGAUGCUAAAGUCAUCGUUGAUAGAGAGACAGGAAGAUCAAGGGGUUUUGGAUUUGUCAACUUCGAAGAUGACAACGCUGCUAAUACUGCCAUUUCAGAGAUGGAUGGAAAGGAACUGAAUGGGCGCAACAUUCGUGUUAAUGUUGCUAACGAAAGACCAAGUACUCCCCGUUAUGGUGGAGGUGGUGGCUACGGUGGUGGUGGUGGCGGCUAUGGUGGAGGUGGAAGUGCCUACGGAGGAGGUGGUGGUGGUGGCGGCUAUGGAGGAGGUGAUGGUGGUGCUUACUAAACAGUGAAAGAAAGCUUCUUGUGAAGAAGAGUUAUGGUUUCUGUUUGGUUACUUUCUUAAAUUGAAUCUUUGUCUUGAGUUGGAACUCAAACUCAAUAGUCAUCACUCUUUUUCAGUUUACAUUUUUGUUGAAUGUUUUGUUGCGCCUAUUAGGCCUUUCCCCUCGGUUCGUGUUAGCUUCCAUUUACAUUGUAGAAUAAAUCUAAUAGAGAAAUUAGAUUCGAGAAUCUUAAUUAUCUUCGUUUUGAGUCGAACCUUGCCCAUACGAGCUGACGUUGGAGGCGUUAAGUGAGGUCAUGGAAAGGCUCCUCCCUAGUGUGUUGAGGAGAUGUGAACCAGCAAUUUGAAUUUUUUU